GAAAUUUAAAUGUACCACAAAUGGGUUCGGUCACCUUGCCAGAAGCAGAAGCAAAAGAGCUAUUAGAUGCACAAGCUCAUUUAUGGAGACAUGUUUUCCACUUCCUUAACUCCAUGGCUUUAAAAUGUGCACUUGAACUCGGCAUCGCAGACACCAUUGAGAAACACGGCAAGUCCAUAACUCUUCUUGAGCUAGCUAAUUCACUUGCUAUCCACCCAAACAAGGUUCCAUCCCUCCAUCGCCUGAUGCGCCUUCUAGUAUCCUCCAACUUCAUCUCCAAAGAAACUUCAGCAAAUGGAGAAUCAUUAUUUGCUUUAACUUUAAGCUCUAAACUUCUCUUAACAAAUCAUCCGCUCACACAAGCACCGUUUGCUCUUGCAUUGCUUGACCAAACUCUUAUCGACCCUCCCUCCCAUCAUUUGAGUAGUUGGUUCCAAAAUGAGGCUGAAUCUCCUUUCCAUAUUAGCACUGGAAAAAGUUUUUGGGAACAUGCUGGUCACGAGCCCAAGUUUAAUGCGUACUUCAACAAAGCCAUGGAGAGUGAUUCUCGAUUUGUUACGAGCUUCUUAGUGACUAACGAAAGUUUUAGAGGUUUAUUUGAAGGUGUAGAAUCGUUGGUCGAUGUCGGUGGCGGUAAUGGGACUACUGCUAAGGCAAUUAUGGAGGCCUUCCCAAGGUUGAAGUGUACUGUACUUGAACUACCACAUGUGAUUGAAGGGAUACAAGAGAAUGGAAGUGGCGUGAUCUAUGUUGCUGGCGAUAUGUUUGAGGCAGUUCCCCAUGGUGAUGCGGUCUUACUUAAGGUGGGAUCCGUUUAUUCUCUCCUCUUUUUACUUUUUUUUUCUUAACUUUGAAGUAUUCAGACAUGUCUAUUUCACCGAGUAUCUCU